AUGUCUUCCGUAGCAGAGGUCCAGCCGGCCACGACCGACCUGCCGUCGGGGGACCCCGUCCCCUCCGCCGGCGCCGCGCCGCCCUCGAAGCCCAAGCCGCUCCCGCUCCGGGAGCUGCUGGCGGCGGCCCCGUCCAACGUCGACGCCUUCCUCGCACACCUGCAGCGCGCGCUGAGCACGCCGUCGGGCAUCGACACGGUGCUGCUGUUCCUGUGCUACAGCUCGCGGCUGACGUCGGCGCUGCUGGAGCUGGCCACGGGCCCCGUCAUCAAGAGCCGCGCCAACGCCCUGCUGGCCCUCGCCGCCUCGCUGCCCCCGCGCACCACCCUCGUCUUCACCUCCAAGGCCUUCCCCUCGCCCAGCGCCGCGCUCCUGCUGGCCCUGUCCAAGCGCCUCAAGACCUUCAGCGGCCUGCUCUCCGAGACCCGCACCUUCCUGCGCCUGUGGGGCCUGCUGGGCAUGUACUUCUGGGGCAAGGGCCUGGUGCUGCGGCUGCGGGCGGCGCGGGCGGCGGCGCAGUCGAGCGACCCGGAGAAGCGCGCGGCGGCGCCCCGGCUCGACACGCUCGAGACCACGCUGGCCGUGUCGCAGCUCGUGGCCUGCGUCGUGUUCCAGGCGCUGGAGAACGGGGCGUUCCUGGCGCAGAAGAGCGUGCUGGCGUGGCAGCCGGCCAGCAUCGGGGCGGCGUACCGGUGGAGCGCGCGCUUCUGGGGCGCCUUCGUCGGGCUCAAGCUGGGCGAGCUGUUCCUCGAGUCGCGGCGCCGCGCCGCCGUGCCCGCGCGCCAGCGCAUGGGCGACAAGACGGUCGCCGUCUUCGAGCGCGAGGAGCAGGAGUGGGCCGCCGAGUGGCGCAAGAUGGUCGGCCGCAACAUGGCCUGGUUCCCGCUGACCAUCCACUGGAGCCUGGAGCAGGGCCUGUUCAGCGAGCUGGCCGUCGGUGCCAUUGCGAGCGUGCCCGGAGUGAUCCAGAUCAGGGACCUGUGGAGGAGGACUGCCGAAUAG